ACAUAUUCAAAUUCAUUCUAAAUUUAAUAUUAUAAAUUUAAUACAAUUUAAGAAUUGUUCCUUUAACUUAUCACGAGUAAUAAGUAGUAAACUUCUGAAGUAGAUACGUGCAAAGGAAUUAAUGUAAUGUAAUAUCUUUAUUAGCUCCGGUAUAGCAUACGUUAAAUGACAUCAUUGCUGGAACUGUAUUGUAAUGAUUUAUACUCUUAAUACGUAGAACAUUUGACAUACUUGUCGUGCAAUAUUCUGUUUUAUUCCAUACGUAUAAUAUGAGAUUUACCGGCACUUACGUAUCAAAAGCGAAAUAUAUCAAAACUCAUAUUAAAAUUAUAUUUUAACAAAUAUUUUAACAAAGGGUCUACGAUAUCUUUACUUAUUAACCAUUGUCAAUAAAAAGUUUAUAGCACUCUGUACCUGAACAUUUCGAUUUAUAAAAUAACUUGUAAGGCCUAAAUAUGGAUUCUGAGGACGAAAACUUGCAAAUGCACCUUCUAUAUGAUUACACUAUGAAUUCUACAAAAUCUCAAAUCAUAUACGGGUUACUCCUAGACCACCUACGAACCAAGAACAUCAAACACUUCAAGUGCCUUGUUGAGCAGAAUUUAAAAAAACAACCAGCUACCAUCGACGUAAACUAUGCUUAUCCGAAUCGAUCGAACGAAACUUGCUUGGACAUUGCCUGCAAGAAUGGUCUCCCGGAGUUCGUGAAGUUUCUAUUGGAAAAAGGUGCGAAGGUAAACAGGGUGAACGAAGCCCACAACCGUGGACCGAUUCACUUCGCUACCGAAAAUGGAUAUGCGGAUGUCCUCAGUAUAUUAUUGGACGAACGUACAAUAAAUCCAAACCUGGAGGCUGAACAGCAAACGGCUCUGCAUAUAGCAGUACAAAAUAAUGACCUGAAUUGCGCGUCGUUGCUUCUGGAAAAAGGCGCCAGUCCCAAUAUUCCCACUAGCAAAGGUAUAACUGCUUUGCAUUUGGCGGCAAUGAAAGGUCAAAGAGACAUGGUGAACCUGAUUCUGGAAAGAACCACACAUGUCCUUAAAUUGGAUACUUACAAGGACUAUAACAAUCUAACGGCUAGAGAAAUGUUGGAGAAGAAGCUGCCAAAUAUUCAGUUACCCCCGGUCCAGAUACAAGGCGUGAAUGUUUAUGACUUGAAGUAUUAUUUAAACGCUAAUGAUGAGAUAAACUUUUUAAAAAACUUGGAGAUUGUUGAAAACGAGGCGGUGAAUAACGUAGCGAAGGAUCUGAUUGAAAUGGCCGUGGAAAGGAACUUUGAGAAUGCGGUUAUUAAAUUAUUGAAAAAAACAAGAGGGACUGGAUGUAACUUGCAGAAAGCUGCGAAUUUAGCGGUUGAACAAGGCUUGCCACGUAUCCUUCGUAAGAUAUUGGAGACUGAUGUUGAUGUUACAAGUGACUUACUGUUGAACGCUUGCAUAGAGCUUGGUAUGCCGGAUAAAAAAGGGUCGGGAAACAUAGACGAUCGACUAGAAUGUUUAAAUCUGAUCCUGGAAAGAGAAGACGUGGAUGUUCGGUGUACAGAUAGCAAAGGAAAUACUCCACUUCAUUAUGCAGCCAGGGCUGACUGUCGAGAGGCAGUGACAUUGCUACUUGAAAAAGGAAGCUACAUCGGCCACAUGAACAAUUUCGGCGUUCCACCAGUUGAAGAUAUUUCCGUGUCCACUCUAUCCCAAUAUUUCGAUAACUGUAUACAAGCUAGGAAAAAACGAACGAACGAAUAUACAAUCGAAUUUGACUACAAAUGUUUAGUACCUCAUGACACCCCUUACACGAUGAAUCAACAGAAAAAUACAAUUAGUCAGGGCAGACGAGAAAUGGAAGUUUUUCAAUACAUCGCUAGCAAGAAUGGCUUAAAACAUAUAUUGAAGCAUCCUCUGUUAUCUUCUUUCCUAUAUCUAAAAUGGCAUCGAAUAAGACACAUCCUGUACCUAAACUUGGCAUUUUACAUUUUGUUUUAUCUUCUGUUGAAUACAUACAUUCUCCAGGUCACUUAUCUCACGAGAAGCUCGCAAAUAUCUGCGAACUCGAGCGUGCAAAUAAACGAGGAGAUAAAAGGAUCAACUUCCAUUUACGUUCUGCAUAUAUUCACUGGUAUCGUAACAGCAUUGUUUGCAUUUAGGGAGAUCCUCCAAUUAUUUUCAUCACCGUGCCAUUAUAUAUCUAGUUUAGAAAAUUGGAUCGAAAUAGCGUUGAUAAUAUUAGGAUUCGUUAUUUUAAGUGAUGUAACUAUGCAAGUUGCAGCUAUUGUAAUAUUACUAUCUGCUUUGGAAAUGGUCAUCCUACUUGGCAAGCAUCCUCGAAUGUCCACAAGUAUCGAGAUGUUCAAACGAGUGUCUUUCAACUUCGUACGUUUUUUGUUACUUUAUGUGUUUCUUAUCCUAGGUUUCGCGUUUGCUUUCUUUACCAUCUUUAAGAAUGAUAACAAGGACUUUACAGAUCCUGGACAUUCUCUGUUCAAAACCAUCAUCAUGUUCACUGGAGAAUUCAACGCCAAUGACAUUGUCUUCGUGUCGCAUUCGAUUCUCAGCCAUUUUAUCUUCACCCUCUUCGUCUUUCUCAUUGUGAUAGUUUUGUUCAAUUUACUGAACGGUUUGGCAGUUAGCGACACAGCAGCGAUCCUCGGGAAGGCAGAAUUAGUUGGAUUAAUUUCUAGGAUACAAGUUCUUGCUCAUAUCGAAAAUCUGGUUGUUCGAGCACCUUUUACUCGCAAGACACAUUGUUCAAUUUGUUGUGGUCUCUUACAUGGUUUUGAAUACAAUCCCUUAGCGUUCCUCGUUCGGAAAGUUCUUCUUUUUCCAACUUACUUGAGUACUGGUAAAUUGAGCGUGGAACCAUACGAUAUUUUGUUUUAUCACAAUGUAGAAUCCGAUAAAGACUCCAGCAAGGUGUUCCCUACCUUCAAAAUGGAUCCGUAUAUCAUAAAACAGGCUAAAGAUGUUCUAUUGAGGAAAAGUCAGGAAUCAGAUAAUGAAAAAAUGUUUAAUAAAUUGGAGAAAUUGGAAAAAAGAUUCGCGACGAUGGAAAAUACAUUGAAUUCCAUUAAACAAAAGAUUGAGAAUAAUAAUUUUAAUGUUGAAGAAGUUAGUGGAAAUUAAAUAUUGUGCUAUUUAUUCCUCUUUCGGCUUUGUUAAAUAUAACAUUAAUAUAAUGUUAAACACGUUGUUGAUUUCUACUUGUGACUAUAUUAAAGGCACUGUAUUUUUAUACUUGUUUUAUUUCAUGUUAUAUUGUAAUAUUUUUAUUACAUUUAAUAAAUUACCUAAAUGAAA